AGAGAACAAUCUUGUUUGUCAUUCUCCACUAUAAACCUCACUCACUGUCUGCCGUGCGCAGCUGUCGUUGCGCGCACUGGUGACUCCGAUCAGCGCCCUUGUUCGUGGCGCACUGAUUGACCGAACUCUGGCGCUCGGCUGCAACCGGAAUGUUGUCCCGCGCUCGUUUACUUCUUUAACACGAGCGAGUGCGGCACUCGAAGCCCGAGGGAGUGGACAGAGGGGAUCAUGAGUUGUUUGGAUGUUAUGUACCCAGCUUAUGGACAUUACACACCGUACGCGCCAGCUGCCUCCGCUUUCAUCAGCAGUUUGCCGGCUCCAGUUGGAGUGAGAAGCCCUUCUCCUCGCACGCGGGAGUUCAUGGAGAGCGUGGGCUCGUCGCAGUGCACGGACAGCACCUCUGGGGCGGCCGCUGCCUCCGCCCCCGCCGCGCCGCUACCGCAGUCCUCCUCCUCUUCCUCCUCGUACACGGCGGCCACAUCGCCAGCCGAUGAUGGCCCCAAGGAGAAGCAGGAGUCGCCCGAGGCGGAGUACCUGAACUCCCGCUGCGUCCUCUUCACCUACUACCAGGGAGACAUCAGCAGCGUGGUGGACGAGCACUUCUCCCGGGCACUCAGCUCCUACAUGGAGGGCGAGAGCAAGCGCAGGACAGCAGACACAGGCACAGCUUCUCCAAUCAACCGGCGCAGUUUCCCCCCGUCGUUCUGGGACAGUAACUACCCCUCUGCGUCCGGUCGAGGUCACUGUGACCCCGGGGUGUCCCCCUACUCCAUGGACCCCUACGCUCACAGCGCCCUGCACCCCGGCCUUCCUCACCCUCACGCUCACGGCCACGCGCACCCGCACGCCCACGGUCCCUCCGACUCCUGGAGCUACUCGCAGAGCCAGGCGUACGGGCCGCCGCGGGCCCUCCACGAACUGUACUCGGCGCCGGGCCUGGAGGCGCACUACGGGCCCCUGCUCAUGCCCGCCGUGCGACCGCCGCCGCACCUGGGCCCGCUCCCCGGCCACUACGAGGUGGGCAAGCUGGAGCACACGCCCACGUGGCCGGGCCUGCUGCCCGGCGGCGGCGACGUGGCCCAGACGCUCGCCCUAAACAUGGACCCAGGUGAGAGCGACGUCCCCUGGCGCAAGACGAGAGCCGCCGCAGAGGCGCACCACAACAGUUUCAUUGUUGCUGUGAGGACAAAUCAGGCCGGUUUCCUGUACACGUACUAAGCCUAGUCCUGUAGUCCUAGUCCUAGUCUGAGAGUGAGGGGAAACGCCAACGGAAAAAAGCAAAUUGGAUAAAAAAUGCUUUUAGUCUAGGACUAGGCUUAAACCAUGUAUGGGAAACUAGCCUAUAGAGUCUAACCAACUUUUGCUAUUUCAUGAACUGUCAAUGUCAAAAGAAAUGUCAAUGAACACAGAUAGGUCAUUUAGGUUUCAGGAAUUAUUUUUAGAAAUGUGUUCGUUGUCUGAAUUGCCAAAGAGGUAUCAUUUCAAUACUAGCACAAUAUGAUACUAUUGGGAGUCUUUACAAUUUACACACAGUAUACUUUCUCAAGUAUCGCAGUUGGAUUCUGUGAUAGAUAGGAGAACAUAGCUUUGAGUGUCCCCAAAUAAGAUCCUUAUCCUUACAAUUAUGAAUGAGUAUGCACAUCAAAUCUGUGCAUAUUGUAAAGCUAGAAAAUGUGUUUUAUUUCUCAGCUUGUGAGGAUCAGGUGUAAAGACAUCUUAAAUAAUAUUUUGAACUCAUCAGCUCUUCUCCUUAUGUAGUGUAUGUGAUACUCACACUUGCCAUCACAUCAGGCUGGAGUCUGAACUAUGCAUAGCCCACACUGUGAUGGCGUAGAAAGCGAUGUCCUGAGGGUUUAUAUGUGCCAAGCCAAAUUUAUCAUUUUUGAUAUUAUACAUAUUAUUCUAUAAUUACAAUGUGACUCUCCCUAUGACCAUAUAUGGCAUAUUAACCAGCUAUGGUUAAUGUCAGCCUGGUUUCUCCCUAACUAUAUGUAAUUACGUUGUCAACAAAUCAAACGUGUCCAUAGCAUGUAAACACGCUAAGCAGCAUCAUGUUGCGUUAGCACAGCGUUUUGUUUCCUCUUCCCGACUGAGUGUUUGGAUUAGGUUGCAGCCAUGGCGACCGCUGUCCCUUGUCCUCACGGCGGGUUCUAUUGUGUGCGUCUCUGUGUUCCGCCGCAGGCCUCCAGCACCAGAAGAAAGGCAAGGAGCUCUACUGGUUUUAACGACCGGCCGUGGCAUCGACCCGCUAUUCGCUCGAUCCAAUUAGGCCUUGGAGCAGGUCCUGCUGAAGAGCUGUGUCCUUUCAUCCCCCCUCCUCAGCCUGCCCCCCCCCCCCAUGAAGCCACAGCAACACUCCAGCUUUG